UAUAAAGUUAAAUUAGAGUUCUGGUUCCCAUGAUCUCCUUCCCCUACAAAAACAGACAUUAAAAGACAUGUUCCAGUCUGAUGAACGUUGAAUCGGUCCCGAAUUCGGAUAAAUACAAUUUGGCUUAUCUGUUCUUUUUAAGACGCACCACUUGUUAUGUUAGCAGCAAAAAUGGAUCGGCGGAGCAUGGGGGAGACGCAGAUCAGUACAUUAGUACCUGCAGUUGAGAAACAAAACGAUGAUUCUUACAUUACCAAGACGACGAAUUUCGACACCAAUAUGGUUAUCAUAUUAGCAGCACUUCUGUGUGCGGUGCUAUGCGCGUUGGUGUUCAACUCCAUCACCCGUUGUCGCCGUAGGGAGAGUCCGGAACAAGCGGCGGCUCGGCUUGCGGCAACGGGGUUGAAGAAACGAGAUUUGAGACGGAUCCCGGUGGCCGUUUACGGGAUGGGCGGCGCUAGCUUUACGGCUACCGAGUGUCCCAUUUGUCUUGGAGAGUUCUUGGAUGGUGAAAAGGUACGAGUGUUACCCAAAUGUUACCAUGGGUUCCAUGUGAAGUGCAUAGAUAGAUGGUUAAUGUCGCACUCGUCGUGCCCGAAUUGUCGACAUUCCUUGCUCGAACAUAAGACGGAGAACAAGGAUGUCACCGCCGGUUCCGGUCGGCAACCGACGGACAAUGGCGAUCUUGUUAUAUUUGUUCAGGAGGGAAGCUAGUACAUUCGUUGCUUCAUCGUACUUGUUUCUUAUAGUUUGCAUAUCUUUAGGGACUAAAUUGCAAAUACUAGGAUUUCUUUUUUUUAUUGUUUCCUGCAAGUCUCACAAGUUUGAAGUUUAUUACAUGAUAGUUUGCUUACAGAGUUACAUAGAAGAUGGAACUGUUACAUUCAUCAUCUUGUAUCAUGAUUUCAGAAAGCUUUUAGAACUUAUUGGUCAAAUAUCGUUUUAGUUCCUCUA